UUUUCGCAAACUCAGUUUUUUCCAAGAUGUCGUCGAAGAACAAGCCGAGGAAAAUGAGAGAAUUGUCGCAAUCUCAAGCCAAAGAACAUAUCAUGGCCGUAAAAAGAGAUUAUAUAUCUCAGCCGAGAUUAACUUAUAGGACUGUCACUGGAGUCAAUGGCCCAUUAGUAAUAUUGGAUUCUGUUAAGUUUCCAAAAUAUGCAGAAAUUGUUCGCCUUAUUCUUGCUGAUGGAACUGCUAGAACUGGACAAGUGUUAGAAGUUGGUGGUUCUAAAGCAGUUGUACAGGUAAUGUUGCUAUGA